AUUGAAUGAGUUUCUAAUGUAAUGUUUACAUAAUACACUUACUCAUGAAUCUAUGACUGAACUUCAAUACAGCAAUAUAUAGAAAUGGUUAAACGUCUCAGUACUAGUACAGACUUAACUGCCAAAGGAGAUCACAUCUCGGGAGUUAUGAACGCUGUAAUUCUUUUGCUGUUUAUUACUUACGUGCAUUGUAUAACCGAGGAAGAGAACCAGUUGCUACAUAAAAGGCAGAUGGAGUGUGUGGAGGAAACGAAGGUGAACCCUAAUUCAGUACUGAAGCUGAAGGGUGGGUACUGGAAGAAUGCUCAUCCAACCCUCAAAAAAUGGUGUCUCUGUUUACUGAAUAAAUACGGAUUUAUGUCCAAAGAAGGUGUGUUUAAGAUGGAUGUUGCUAUGUCUAGAGUACCUGAUAUUGAUAAACAGUCCGUGGAGCGCAUGAUAGACAACUGUUUACCGAAGAAAACCAAGGAGGCUUACAAUAUAGCAUGGGAAUUUAUUAAAUGCUACCAUCUUCAAACUAAAAGCAAAAAAUACAAAGAUCAAAAAUUUCACUAUCUGUACCUGAUGUGAAUAUUGAAUAUUAAAAUUUGUUUUUAACUCCAUCUAGUGGUUUCUAUUGAAACUACUUUAGACUUAAGCAAGACGUCAGCAUUUAGCAGGGUAAUAAGCAAGAAUUAUAUUUCAUGUUCUUUAACUCAUCUAUUGCCUACUAGAUGGCGCUGAAAGCAAAUAUUAGAAUUAUAUAAUGCUGACUGUUUCUCACAGGUGUACCUGUGCAAUAUCAUUUAUUUCUUAAUUUCAAUAUACUUUCGCAGUAGACAAUUUUAUUUUAGAAAAUAAACGAAUAUUAAGAAUUCAAGUUUCUAGACAUAGUAGUCUUGGCUGAGCACUGAUAGACAAUCAAAACAGACGAUUUUAUACAGUACCAUACCAACGAAACC